AUGGGGACCACGCUGCCCGCCGCGCUAGCUGCCCUGGGCGCUGCCCUGCUCCUGUCUUCCAUCCAGGCAGAAGUUGACCCACCUUCAGACUUGAAUUUUAAAAUUAUAGAUGAAAAUACUGUUCACAUGUCAUGGGCCAGGCCAGUGGAUCGCAUCAAGGGUUACAGAAUAACAGUGGACCCCACAACAGAUGGGCCCACUAAAGAGUUCACCCUUUCAGCCAGUACCGUUGAAACUUUGUUAUCAAACCUUAUACCUGAAAUAGAGUACAUAGUGACAAUUACUUCAUAUAAUGAAGUAGAAGAAAGUGUGCCAGUUAUAGGCCAACUAACAAUUCAAACAGGUGGUCCGACAAAGCCAGGAGAAAAGAAACCUGGAAAAGCAGAGAUACAAAAAUGCUCUGUCAGUGCCUGGACUGAUUUAGUUUUCCUUGUGGAUGGAUCGUGGAGUGUGGGAAGAAAUAAUUUCAAGUACAUUUUGGACUUCAUUGCUGCCCUUGUGUCUGCGUUUGACAUUGGAGAGGAGAAGACACGGGUUGGCGUUGUUCAGUACAGUUCUGAUACCAGGACUGAAUUUAACCUAAACCAGUAUUACCAAAGAGAUGAGCUGCUCGCUGCAAUAAAAAAAAUCCCAUACAAAGGAGGCAAUACAAUGACAGGGGAUGCUAUUGAUUAUUUGGUGAAGAACACUUUCACGGAAUCUUCUGGAGCAAGAGUUGGCUUUCCUAAAGUGGCAAUUAUUAUUACGGAUGGCAAAUCCCAGGAUGAAGUGGAAAUUCCAGCACGAGAGCUUCAGAAUAUUGGAGUUGAAGUGUUUUCUUUGGGUAUUAAAGCUGCAGAUGCCAAAGAACUGAAGCAAAUUGCAUCUACCCCUUCACUGAACCACGUUUUCAAUGUGGCCAACUUCGAUGCCAUUGUGGAUAUUCAGAAUGAGAUAAUCUCUCAGGUGUGCUCUGGGGUGGAUGAACAGCUAGGUGAGCUGGUUAGUGGAGAAGAAGUUGUUGAGCCUCCUUCAAACCUGGUCGCCUUGGAAGUGUCAUCCAAGUACGUCAAGCUGCGCUGGGAUCCGUCUCCCAGCGCCGUGACCGGCUACAAAGUGCUGCUUACACCCCUGGCCCCGGGCAGCCGCCAGCAUGCACUCAGCGUGGGACCCCAGACCACCUCGCUCAACGUCCGUGACCUGUCUGCAGACACAGAGUACCAGAUCAGCGUGUCUGCCAUGAAGGGCCUCACGUCCAGCGAGCCCGUGUCCAUUCUGGAGAAGACGCAGCCCAUGAAAGUGCAAGUGGAGUGCUCUCGUGGUGUGGAUAUAAAAGCAGAUAUUGUGUUUUUGGUUGACGGUUCCUACAGCAUUGGGAUUGCAAACUUUGUGAAAGUGAGGGCGUUCUUGGAAGUUCUUGCAAAAAGUUUUGAGAUUUCACCAAACAGAGUCCAGAUCAGCCUUGUCCAAUACAGCAGGGAUCCUCAUACGGAAUUCACGUUGAAAGAAUAUAACAGAGUUGAAGACAUCAUUAAAGCCAUCAACACCUUUCCCUACCGAGGGGGCUCCACUAACACUGGCAAAGCAAUGACGUAUGUCAGAGAGAAAAUAUUUGUGCCGAACAAGGGUUCAAGAAGCAAUGUGCCGAAGGUCAUGAUUCUUAUCACUGAUGGCAAAUCAUCGGAUGCGUUCAGAGAUCCUGCUAUCAAGCUCAGGAACUCGGAUGUUGAAAUCUUUGCAGUUGGUGUGAAGGAUGCUGUGCGCUCGGAAUUGGAAGCCAUUGCCUCUCCUCCUGCGGAGACCCACGUGUUCACGGUAGAAGACUUCGAUGCCUUUCAGAGGAUAUCUUUUGAACUCACACAGUCUAUCUGUCUUAGAAUUGAGCAGGAAUUGGCAGCUAUAAAGAAGAAAGCUUAUGUGCCUCCAAGAGAUCUUCGCUUUUCUGACGUGACUUCUUCCAGUAUCAAAGCAGAUUGGUCCCCUGCUGGAGACAAUGUGUUUUCCUAUCACAUCACAUACAAAGAAGCCAGCGGGGACGAUGAGGCCACUGUAGUAGAGCCGGCCUCGAGUACCAGCGUUGUUCUCAGCAACCUCAAGCCAGAGACCCUGUACUUGGUGAACGUGACCGCCGAGUACGAAGAUGGCUUCAGCACACCCCUAACCGGGGAGGAGACCACAGGAGAAGUAAAAGGUGCACCUCGAAACCUAAAAGUGACAGACGAGACUACAGAUAGUUUUAAAAUUACCUGGACUCAAGCUCCAGGGAGAGUUUUAAGGUAUCGGAUUAAAUACAGACCAGUUACAGGAGGAGAAAGCAAGGAAGUCACCACCCCAGCCAACCAGAGAAGGAGAACGCUGGACCACUUGAUGCCAGACACAAAAUACGAAAUAUCUGUAAUUCCUGAGUACUCCUCGGGACCUGGCUCUCCCCUGACCGGAAACGCAGCCACUGAAGAAGUUCGAGGGAAUCCGAGAGACCUGAGAGUUUCUGACCCCACCACAUCAAGUCUGAAAUUAUCGUGGAGUGGAGCCCCAGGGAAAGUUAAACAAUAUUUGGUCACCUAUACCCCGGCGGCAGGAGGGGCCACGGAAGAGGCCACGGUGAGGGGCGACACCACAACCACCGUGCUGAGGAGCCUGAAGGAGGGGACACAAUACACCUUAUCUGUGACGGCCUUGUAUGCGUCUGGGGCUGGAGAUGCCCUUUAUGGAGAAGGGACAACACUUGAAGAACGUGGUUCACCUCAAGAUUUAGUGACCAAGGACAUCACGGACACCUCCAUCGGGGCCUACUGGACGUCUGCUCCUGGGAUGGUUCGGGGGUACCGGGUUUCCUGGAAAUCGCUGUAUGAUGAUGUGGAGACUGGAGAGAAGAUUCUUCCUGGGGAUGCCAUCCACACCAUGAUAGAGAACCUGCAGCCAGAGACCAAAUACAGAAUUUCUGUGUUUGCAACGUACAACAGUGGAGAAGGAGACCCGUUGACGGGAGAUGCCACCACCGAAUUGUCCCGGGAUGCCAAAACUUUAAAAGUGGAUGAGGAGACAGGGCACACAAUGAGAGUUACUUGGAAACCAGCACCAGGGAGAGUCAUCAACUACCGUGUGGUUUAUCGCCCCCACGGGGGAGGGAGACAAAUGGUGGCUAAAGUGCCACCCACAGUCUCUUCAACAGUGCUAAAGCGACUGCAGCCACAGACCACCUACGACAUCACCGUUCUGCCCAUGUAUAAGACCGGAGAAGGGAAGGUCAGGCAAGGCUCAGGAACAACAGCUUCUCGAUUUAAGUCACCUAGAAACCUCAAAACAUCUGACCCGACUAUGUCAAGCUUCCGAGUGACAUGGGAGCCUGCCCCUGGCGAGGUGAAAGGUUAUAAAAUCACCUUCCACCCCACGGGCGAUGACCGGAGACUUGGGGAGCUGGUUGUUGGGCCCUAUGACAACACAGUUGUUCUAGAAGAACUAAGGGCAGGUACCACCUAUAAAGUAAAUGUUUUUGGAAUGUUUGAUGGAGGAGAAAGUUUGCCACUUGUUGGACAGGAGAUGACGACCCUUUCUGACACAACUGUAAUGCCAGUCUUAUCUUCUGGGAUGGAGUGUCUGACCAGAGCUGAAGCAGACAUUGUGUUGCUGGUGGAUGGAUCCUGGAGUAUCGGACGAGCAAAUUUUAGAACUGUGAGGAGUUUCAUUUCUCGCAUUGUGGAAGUCUUUGAGAUUGGCCCCAAAAGAGUACAAAUUGCCCUUGCUCAGUACAGUGGAGACCCCAGAACAGAGUGGCAUUUAAAUGCUCACAGAGAUAAGAAGAGCUUGCUGCAGGCCGUGGCGAACUUACCCUAUAAAGGAGGCAACACCCUCACAGGCAUGGCUUUGAAUUUCAUUCGCCAGCAGAGCUUCAAGACCCAAGCUGGCAUGAGGCCCCGCGCUCGAAAAAUUGGUGUUCUCAUAACUGAUGGGAAAUCACAAGACGACGUGGAGGCUCCAUCCAAGAAACUCAAGGAUGAAGGCGUGGAGCUUUUUGCUAUUGGUAUUAAGAAUGCUGAUGAAGUUGAAUUAAAGAUGAUUGCCACGGACCCAGAUGAUAUCCAUGCAUACAACGUGGCUGAUUUUGGGUCGCUCUCCAGCAUCGUGGAUGACCUCACCAUUAACCUGUGUAACAGUGUCAAAGGGCCUGGUGACUUGGAAGCACCUUCUAACUUAAUUAUUUCUGAGAGAACUCAUCGUUCUUUUAGAGUGAGCUGGACUCCUCCUUCUGACAGCGUGGACAGAUACAAGGUGGAAUACUACCCUGUUUCUGGAGGGAAACGUCAAGAAUUUUAUGUGAGUCGACUGGACACCAGCACUGUAUUGAAAGACCUAAAGCCUGAGACUGAAUAUGUUGUUAAUGUGUAUUCUGUGGUGGAAGAUGAAUACAGUGAGCCUCUGAAGGGCACAGAGAAAACCUUGCCGGUUCCUGUCGUUAGCCUGAAUAUUUAUGACGUUGGUCCCACCACCAUGCACGUACAGUGGCAGCCUGUGGGAGGCGCCACUGGCUACACCGUGACACACCACCCUGUGAAGGCCCCGGAACCUACCAAACCCAAAGAGAUUCGAGUGGGGCCAACAGUGAAUGAUGUGGAGCUCACUGACCUCCUUCCCAACACUGAGUAUGAGGUCUCCGUCCAGGCUGUCUUGCAUGACCUCACUAGUGAACCUGCCACGGCUCGGGAAGUCACCUUGCCUUUACCCCAACCUCAGGAUCUGAGACUGAGAGACGUGACUCACAGCAGCAUGAACGUGGUCUGGGAGCCCGUGCUCGGGAAAGUGCGCAAGUACCUUGUUCGCUACAAGACUCCAGAAGAGGACUUCAAACAGGUGGAGGUGGAUAGAUCGCGAGCCAGCACCACACUCAAAGACCUCUUCUCCCAAACCCAGUACACAGUCAGCGUGUCUGCCGUGUACGACGAGGGUGAAUCCCCGCCAGCGACCGAGCAGGAGACCACCCGACCUGUUCCAGCUCCAACCAAUCUAAGGCUAACCGAGGUCACCCCAGAGAGCUUCAGAGGGACCUGGGAGCAUGGCGCUUCAGACGUCUCUCUCUACAGAAUAACCUGGGCGCCAACUGGCAGCUCAGAUAAAAUGGAGACCAUCUUAAAUGGAGAUGAAAAUACCUUGGUGUUUGAAAACUUGAACCCCAAUACUCUCUAUGACGUUUCCAUUACUGCCAUCUACCCUGACGAGUCAGAGAGUGAUGACCUGACUGGCAGUGAGCGCACACUGCGCCUGAUACCCUUAACCACCCAAGCUCCCAAAAGUGGCCCACGAAAUCUUCAGGUCUACAAUGCAACAUCAAACAGCUUGACGGUUAAAUGGGACCCUGCUAGUGGCCGUGUGCAGAAGUACAGGAUCACUUACCAGCCUUCCACAGGGGAAGGAAAUGAGCAAACGACCACUAUAGGUGGACGGCAGAGCAGCGUGGUCUUGCAGAGGCUGAAGCCAGACACUCCUUACACCAUCACUGUGUCCUCCCUGUAUCCUGAUGGGGAGGGCGGCAGGAUGACUGGAAGAGGCAAGACAAAGCCUUUGAACACUGUGAGGAACCUGAGAGUGUACGACCCUUCUACAAGCACCCUGAGCGUGCGCUGGGAUCACGCGGAGGGAAACCCUCGACAGUACAAGCUCUUCUAUGCACCAACAGCUGGAGGACCCGAGGAAUUGGUGCCAAUCCCUGGGAAUACCAAUUAUGCCAUUCUUAGGAAUCUUCAGCCAGAUACCCCAUACACCAUCACCGUGGUUCCUGUUUACACCGAGGGCGAUGGGGGCCGCACCUCCGACACAGGAAGGACGUUGGUGAGAGGUCUAGCAAGAAAUGUGCAAGUGUAUAAUCCCACACCCAAUAGCCUGGACGUCCGCUGGGACCCUGCACCCGGGCCUGUGCAGCAGUAUCGCAUUGUGUAUACUCCUGUGGCUGGCACAAGACCCUCGGAAUCUAUGGUGGUGCCGGGAAAUACCCGCACAGUGCACCUGGAGAGGCUGACUCCUGACACUCCCUACUCUGUGGAUAUUGUGGCUCUCUACUCGGAUGGAGAGGGGAACCCCAGCCCCAGUCAGGGGCGAACACUUCCUCGAAGUGGACCAAGGAACUUGAGGGUCUUUGAUGAGACCACGAACAGCCUCUCCGUAGCCUGGGAUCAUGCAGAUGGGCCGGUUCAGCAGUACAGGAUCAUUUACUCUCCCACUGUUGGCGAUCCGAUCGAUGAAUAUACCACAGUCCCAGGAAGAAGAAACAAUGUAAUACUACAGCCUCUGCUGCCUGACACUCCUUAUAAAAUUACUGUUAUUGCCAUUUAUGAAGAUGGAGAUGGUGGUCACCUAACUGGAAAUGGAAGAACUGUGGGACUUCUCCCUCCGCAGAACAUACACAUCUCUGAUGAAUGGUACACGAGAUUCCGCGUGUCCUGGGACCCUUCACCUUCUCCAGUUCUUGGAUAUAAAAUUGUGUAUAAGCCAGUGGGUUCCAAUGAACCCAUGGAAGCCUUUGUUGGAGAAGUGACCUCAUACACCCUGCACAACCUCAACCCCAGCACCACCUAUGAUGUGAGUGUUUUCGCUCAGUACGACUCUGGACUCAGCGUUCCCCUGACGGAUCAAGGCACUACAUUAUAUUUAAAUGUGACAGACCUGAAAACAUACCAGGUUGGGUGGGACACGUUCUGUGUGAAAUGGUCACCUCACCGGGCAGCUACCUCUUAUAGGCUAAAACUAAGUCCUGCAGAUGGAACCAGAGGACAAGAAAUCACCGUGCGUGGAUCAGAAACGAGCCACUGCUUCACAGGCCUUUCACCAGAGGCGGAGUAUGGCGUCACUGUGUUUGUGCAGACACCAAACCUGGAGGGGCCAGGCGUUCCUGUCAAAGAACAUACCACUGUAAAGCCAACUGAAGCUCCCACGGAGCCACCCACACCACCUCCUCCUCCCACGAUCCCACCAGCCCGAGAUGUAUGCAAAGGGGCCAAGGCUGAUAUUGUGUUCUUGACGGAUGCCUCCUGGAGCAUCGGGGAUGACAAUUUUAACAAAGUUGUCAAGUUCAUCUUCAACACGGUGGGAGCCUUUGAUGAAAUCAGCCCUGCCGGAAUUCAGGUGUCAUUUGUGCAGUACAGUGAUGAGGUGAAGUCCGAGUUCAAGCUGAACACCUACAAUGACAAGGCCCUAGCUCUCGGGGCCCUGCAGAAUAUUAGAUACAGAGGAGGAAACACAAGGACAGGCAAGGCUCUCACAUUUAUUAAGGAGAAAGUCUUGACGUGGGAGAGCGGCAUGAGGAAGAAUGUCCCCAAGGUGCUUGUCGUGGUUACCGAUGGCCGCUCACAGGAUGAGGUCAAGAAGGCGGCCUUCAUCAUUCAGCAGUCAGGGUUCAGUGUCUUUGUGGUCGGUGUGGCCGACGUGGAUUACAACGAACUUGCCAACAUUGCCAGCAAGCCAAGUGAACGACACGUGUUCAUUGUGGAUGACUUUGAGUCUUUUGAAAAGAUUGAAGAUAACCUUAUUACGUUUGUUUGUGAGACUGCCACUUCAAGUUGCCCUCUCAUUUAUUUGGAUGGCUACACUUCACCAGGUUUUAAGAUGCUUGAAGCAUACAAUCUGACUGAAAAGAAUUUUGCUUCGGUGCAAGGAGUCUCUUUAGAAUCAGGAUCAUUUCCCAGUCACUCAGCUUACAGGCUGCAGAAGAAUGCCUUCAUCAGUCAGCCGACUGCAGAAUUACAUCCAAAUGGCCUCCCACCUUCAUACACGAUUAUACUGUUGUUCAGACUUCUUCCAGAAACUCCAAAUGACCCUUUUGCAAUUUGGCAAAUUACAGACAGAGACUACAAACCACAAGUCGGAGUGAUUGCAGAUCCUUCUAGCAAGACUUUGUCAUUCUUUAAUAAAGAUACAAGAGGUGAAGUGCAAACAGUUACAUUUGACACCGAUGAAGUAAAGACAUUGUUUUAUGGAAGCUUUCAUAAGGUUCACAUUGUAGUGACUUCAAAAAGUGUUAAGAUUUACAUCGACUGCUAUGAAAUUGUAGAAAAAGACAUCAAGGAAGCUGGAAAUAUCACAACAGAUGGUCAUGAAAUUCUUGGAAAACUUCUUAAAGGGGAAAGGAAAUCCGCCACAUUCCAAAUCCAGAAUUUUGACAUUGUCUGCAGCCCAGUAUGGACCAGUAGAGACAGAUGUUGUGACAUCCCUUCCAGGAGAGAUGAAGCCAAAUGCCCUGCACUUCCAAACGCUUGCACGUGUACUCAGGACAGCGUUGGACCUCCGGGACCUCCCGGCCCUGCAGGAGGACCUGGUGCAAAGGGUCCCAGAGGUGAAAGAGGCAUCAAUGGAGCCAUUGGGCCCCCGGGUCCUCGUGGAGAUACUGGUCCUCCCGGCCCUCAGGGGCCCCCAGGUCCCCAGGGACCCAAUGGACUUUCUAUUCCAGGAGAACAAGGGCGCCAGGGAAUGAAAGGUGAUGCUGGAGAGCCAGGUCUUCCAGGCCGGUCGGGAACCCCAGGAUUACCCGGGCCCCCAGGACCAACUGGACCUCCAGGAGAUCGAGGAUUUACUGGAAAAGAUGGUGCAAUGGGACCCAGGGGUCCACCAGGGCCUCCGGGAAGUCCAGGUUCUCCGGGAGUCACAGGGCCAAGUGGAAAACCAGGAAAACCUGGAGACCAUGGCAGACCGGGUCAAUCUGGGUUGAAAGGAGAGAAAGGCGAUAGGGGAGAUAUUGCUUCCCAGAACAUGAUGCGAGCAGUAGCAAGACAAGUCUGCGAGCAACUGAUAAGUGGUCAGAUGAGCAGAUUCAAUCAGAUGCUGAACCAGAUUCCAAAUGAUUACCACUCUAAUCGGAACCAGCCAGGCCCCCCGGGACCCCCAGGACCUCCUGGCAGUGCUGGGACCAGAGGAGAACCAGGGCCUGGGGGCAGACCGGGCUUUCCUGGCACCCCGGGCAUGCAGGGACCUCCUGGUGAACGAGGUUUGCCUGGAGAGAAAGGUGAAAGGGGCAUUGGAUCUCCAGGAUCACGAGGGCCGCCUGGGCCUCCAGGACCGCAAGGAGAAUCCAGGACGGGUCCACCAGGGUCCACAGGCUCAAGAGGUCCUCCUGGUCCUCCCGGUCGUCCUGGAAACUCGGGUAUCCGAGGACCCCCUGGGCCCCCCGGAUACUGUGACUCAUCCCAGUGUGCCAGCAUCCCAUACAACGGGCAAGGCUAUCCAGAGCCCUACGUGCCCCAGGGCGGGGCCUACCUGCCCGAGCGCGAGCCCUUCAUCGUGCCCGUGGAGCCAGAGAGGACCGAAUACGACGACUACGGCGCGGACGACCCCGCCGACCCCGCCCAGCAGCAGCCUCACCGCUGGCGGCGCGCGCUGCGCGGAGGCCCCGGGCUUCGAACCUGAGACCGCCACGCGCGUCCUGCGGCGGCCGGGCGGGCGGGCGGG